AUGGUGACAUUACGCUCGCUCGCAAUCGCCGGCGUUGCUGGUCUGGCGACUGCUGAAGACAGCCUGUACAGCAGUAGACUCUCCAAGCGGUUCAUUGACAGUGAAGGAAACUACAACAUCUCAUUCUAUCACAUCAAUGAUGUGCACGCACAUUUGGACGAAUUCUCGUCCUCCGGUACGGAUUGUACCAAUCCAGCGAAGGGCUGUUAUGGUGGCUAUGCUCGUGUCAAAACAGUCAUUAAUGAGACGCGACCCGGUCAUGAAGAUAGUCUGUUUCUGAAUGUGGGAGACGAGUUUCAAGGCACUCUUUUCUACACGUUCUACAAGGGCGAGAAGAUUGCGGAGACUCUGAAUCAAUUGGGCUUCGAUGCCAUGACUCUGGGAAACCACGAGUUCGACGGUGGCGACGACGAACUGGGCGACUUUUUGAAGAAUUUGACUUUUCCCAUCGUGUCGGCAAACAUCGUGUCUGACAACGAAAAGCUCAACUCCACCAUCAAGCCCUACCACAUCUUUGAAGAGUACGGAUUGGCUGUAAUUGGAGUCACGACAGAGGAGACUCCCGACAUCAGCAGUCCCGGUGACGGCACCACUUUUAGUGACCCCAUUGAGGCCGUUCAAAAGACCAUUGACCACAUCAAGAGCACCACGAACAUCACCCGCAUCGCAGCGAUUACGCACAUUGGCUAUGAUGUGGACAAGAAACUCGCUCAGGAGACCUCGGGUCUCUUCCUGAUCAUGGGAGGACACUCCCACACUCUCCUUGGUGACAUGAAGGACGCGGAGGGUAAAUACCCCACUAUCGAAACCAACAAGGACGGCGACGAGGUCUUUAUUGUCACAGCUUAUCGCUGGGGGGAGUACCUAGGUUACAUUGACGUGACUUAUGACGCAGAAGGGAAAAUCUUGGCUUAUCAUGGUGCGCCUAUCCAUUUGACCAACACUACUGCUCAGGAUGAGGACCUUCAGACCCAAGUCGACGCCUGGAGAAAGCCAUUCGAGGAGUUUGCUGCUGAAAAGGUUGGCGAGACCAACGUCGAGCUUGACCAAAGCAAGUGCUACAGUGAGGAGUGUGUGUUGGGUGGUUUCAUGUCCGAUGCCAUGUACCAAUACCGUCUCGACGGUGGAGGAAACCCCGAUUUCGCUCUCAUCAACGGAGGUGGCGUGCGCGCAACCAUUGAUGUAGGCGACAUUACACGUGGCGAAGUCCUCACCGCAUUCCCCUUUGGUAACGCCAUUGUUGAGGUUACAUAUAAGGGCGAGACUCUCUGGAAGAUCCUCGAGGGUCUUGUCAGCAAGGUCAACCAGUUCACUGGCGACGAGGUUGGAUCUUUGUUGCAGGUCAGCAAGAAUAUCAAGAUCGAGUACAACCCGGACAACGAGGUGGGCAGCCAACUCGUUGCAGUCACCAUUGGCGACGAAGCCUUGGAUAAUACGAAAAACUACAACGUCGUCACCAUCGAUUUCCUGACAGGCGGUGGAGACAACUUCCUUGAGGAAAUUGAUGCGCCGCUCUUGGAUCUGAUGGCUGAUGUCCUCACGUCGUACAUCCAGGCUCAAUCCCCAAUUCCUUCCGACUACAGUGUCACGAACCGAGUCGUGGUCUCUGAUGGCCAGCCUGGAUCAGGAUCAGGAUCUGGCAACGCCACCGCCACCGCCACCGCAACCCCCACGGCUUCGGGGACUGCGGCGACAUCGACACCUACCGGCGCGAGCGGCGCUGGACGUCUAGGCGUCGCUGGACUCCUAGUCUCGGUUGUUGCGCUUGCAGCCGCCAUGGUCAUAUAG